UUUGGGGGUCUUUAAGCAGAGAUUGGAUGACCAUCUGUCAGGAGUGCUUAGAUGACAAAUCCUGGUGUCGGAUUCAAAGCCUGUCAGUAGGAAACUACCCGGUGGAUCUUGAGGAACCGACUCCCGUAUUUCGGAGAGCCAAAGGGGAAACAUUUGCCGGUGCGCCAAAUCGACUCACUCCAGGAAGGAUGGGUUGCAGAUGCUGCAAGAGGAGAAAGGACAGCCAAGAACUCACGGACGUUGAGAGGGCCAUCGAAAUCGUCAUCAACAACUUCCACUGUCAUGCUGUCAAGGGCCGCAAAGAGUGCAUCACCCCCAAUGAGCUGAAAGAACUGGUGGGACAGAGGCUGCCACAUUUAGCAAAGGGGGCUUGCGCGCUGGAGGAGAAGAUCGAGUGCCUUGGAGACAACGAAGAGGCCAGACUCCAGUUUGGUGAAUACUGGGAUAUCAUGGGGGAUGCAGCUAAGGGUUGUCGAGUUCCAGGAAGCAAGAAGUAACACACACCGGGGAAGAUCAGAACCACAAGGCCUUGGACCAUUUACACAGAAAGAACAAGAGACUCUCCACCAUGACGUCAAUCGGUUUUCAAUUCAGUGUUAAGAAAUUGGGGCAGCAGCUCCCUCUCCCCUCUGGUUUUCUCUGCUUCUGGAAUAUCGAAUUCUAGAGCUGAUCUCCUUUCUUCCAGUCAAGAAGCUUUCAAUUCCUAUCCCAGUUUUUUCUUGGUCAUAGGGUUGCUCCAGAACAACACUGUUGCUAGCCUGCCAGAAUCUUGACAUUCUGGGUUCCUGACCGCUCAACUCUAGAACCUUUCAACUGUGGGGUUUUGUAGGAUGGGCUCAGGAACCAUAAGGCAUCAUUUUGGCCAAUGGUUGUAGAAUGCACAUUAGUUUCUUUUGUCUCUUCAGCCCUUCCGACCUUUACCUUAAAAAGUUUAAAACGUUUGGUUCUAGACCCAUUAGACCUUAGAGACUUCUGGAUCUAGGAGCUUUCCAAUGUGAUGUCUCUCUCCUUUUUUCUACUUCUGGAACCUGGAUGCUGCAGGCUCUGAAAAUGUUAAAUAAUAUUGAUGUAUAUUUAAUGGGAAUGAUAAAAUUCAUCAAAACUUUUUAUUUCCUCAGUUUUGAUUUACUUUUUUUAAAAGAUUCCUCACAUCAACUUUUUUGUUUUGUUUUGUUGCCCUGAAUGAGAUAUUGAUAUUCCCCCCCCCUCCAUUUGCCCAUUUUCCAUAGCAUUGAUGAUGCUUUCCUCCAUCAAGUUUGUUUGUGGGCUAUGGGUUUAAACAACAGAAAUCAGGACUCCAUCCUGAAUUUUGUCUCUUGGAUCAAAGGGAAUGCAAAGUUAGUCACCCACAGCGUUCCGAAAUCAGAUUAGAUUUGACCACAUGAAUCAGGACUAGGGCCAUAAGAGAAGUUGUAAGCACACCAAACUCAUAGGACUACCACAAUAAAAAGAUGCAUCAGACAAUGACAAUUAGAAGGCUACCCAAAGCCUUUUCUGUGCCAACCUUCAGCAAUGGUUGAAUGGAGUCUUCCUUUCUUUCUUUCAUUCACGAAAUGCAACAAUCUGAUGCAUGUGAAGGGCAAAGAGAAAACUUCUCCAUUCCCUCAAAGGGACCUUGCGUAGUGGAUCUGCAAGAUAUCCUAAUCUGUGGAAACUCCCUAGUUCGUCUAUGCAAGAUUCACUGGGGACCUUAAUAGAGACAUAUAAGAAAUGGCAUCAGUAGCUGCAUAGAGCAGGACUUCUGUUUCCAUUCCACUCCUGGGGAGGGAAGCAUCAUCCAGUGAUAAGAACCAGAGGCUAGGUAUUAAGGCCCAGUACAUACCUUCGGGAAAGGGCAGCUGGUGGCGGCCGGUUUUCCCAUGGAGGGACGCCGCAGGAGCCAAAGUGCCCGGCGUCCCUCCACCCCCAAAAGAACUAAAAAAACCAGGUUCUUUUUAGGUCGGUUCGCACACGUUACAAGUGUGCCAUUGGUGCACUCGUGAUGUAAGCAAUGCUCAGUGAUAUGUAUAUGCUGCGUGUCGCUUACGCCAAGAUGGCAGCCCCCAUGUGGACGGGAGGCCGCCAUUAGGCCACUGCCCACACGUCGUAGGGUUCUGGAGUGUGUGGUUGCUGCGUGUUCCAGAACCCUAAUAUCAGCGGGAGCACGGCGCUUUUGGCCUAUGCCUUGGCUGAGAAGGAGCAGCAAAUGAGCCUUUAGUUUUGACAUUGGCUUCGCUCUGAACAAACUGCCACAUCAUUUGAGAAAAGACCCUAAUGUUUUCUGAAAUAGAUCCACAUGAUGCCCUUUGAAAAGUGACAUUUAGGACCCAAAGUCCCAGGAUCCUCCCAAGCUGGGGAGAUUCUGGGAGUUAUGUAGUUGCAAAAGUGACUUUUUCAAGUUCAUUGCUGUCUCCAUGAAGCCACUCAGCAAGCGGUCCUCCGAUGAGUGGCACCCUUCAUUAUGACCUCUCAUGUUUCAUCCUAUAUUUUUUGUUGUUGUAAAAAUUGAUGGAAUAAAAAAAGAAAGAAAAACAAGGAAAAAA